CUCCUAUUAUUCUUUUAACAGUUGAUAUUCGGGAAAUCCAAGAAAUUCGUCAGGGAAAGAACUCCAGAGAUUUUGACCGAUACCAGGAAGAUUCUUGUUUCCGUCCAGAACCAUCUCACUGUUUUGUCAUCCUUUAUGGCAUGGAAUUCAGACUGAAAACACUCAGUUUGCAAGCCACUUCCGAAGAUGAAGUCAACAUGUGGAUCAAAGGGUUGAACUGGCUUGUGGCAGAUACCCUAAAAGCUGCUACUCCAUUGCAAAUUGAAAGGUGGCUUCGGAAACAGUUCUACUAUGUCGACCGCAACAGAGAGGAUCGGAUUUCUGCAAAAGACCUAAAAAAUAUGCUAUCUCAGGUCAACUACCGCGUCCCCAACAUGAGAUUUCUAAGAGAGAGAUUAUCAGAUGUGGAACAGAGAAAUGGGGACAUCACUUACGGACAAUUUGUUCAACUGUACCAGAGCUUGAUGUACAAUGCACAGAAAGGAAUAGCUGUUCCAUUCUUAGAAAGUGGGGAGAGAUCUGAAUACAACAGAAUUUCUCUGUCAGAGUUCAAGACAUUUUUGCUAGAAUAUCAAAUGGAGCUUUGGGCUGCAGACCUUUCCUUGGUGCAAGAUUUUAUGUUUACUUUCUUGUCAGAUCCCUUGAGAGUAAUUGAAGAACCUUAUUUUUCUUCAGAUGAGUUUCUCACCUUCCUAUUUUCCAAAGAGAACAGCAUCUGGAACUCAGAGUUUGAUGUCAUACGCCCAGAAGACAUGAACAACCCCUUGUCCCAUUAUUGGAUCUCCUCCUCUCAUAACACAUACUUGACAGGAGAUCAGUUCUCAAGUGAGUCUUCCUUGGAAGCCUAUGCUCGUUGCCUGCGCAUGGGAUGCCGCUGUAUUGAACUUGAUUGCUGGGAUGGUCCUGAUGGGAUGCCUGUGAUUUAUCACGGACACACAUUAACUACAAAAAUUAAGUUUUCUGAUGUCCUCACCACCAUCAAGGAGCAUGCUUUUGUAACUUCUGAUUAUCCUGUUAUCCUAUCCAUCGAAGACCAUUGCAGCAUUGCCCAGCAGAGGAAUAUGGCUCAGAACUUUAAGAAGGUCUUUGGAGAUAUGCUGCUUACCAAACCCGUCGAUAUCUCUGCUGAUGGUCUGCCAUCUCCAAACCAGCUGAAGAGGAAGAUUCUCAUAAAGCACAAGAAACUGGCUGAGGGGAGUGCUUAUGAAGAAAUACCAUCAUCUGCAGUGUAUUCGGAGAAUGACAUCAGCAACUCAAUAAAGAAUGGCAUUCUGUAUCUGGAAGACCCGAUCAACCACGACUGGAAUCCUCAUUAUUUUGUCUUGACCAGCAGUAAAAUCUAUUAUUCUGGAGAGACAACAAGUGAUUUAGGAAACGAAGAGGAGGAAGAGCAAAAGGAGACAAGCAACAGCACUGAACUCCAUUCCACUGAAAAGUGGUUCCAUGGCAAACUGGGAGCAGGGCGUGAUGGGCGCCACAUAGCGGAGAGACUGUUAAUGGAAUAUUGUGUAGACACUGGAGCCCCCGAUGGCUCAUUCCUGGUGCGAGAAAGUGAGACCUUUGUUGGUGAUUACACACUAUCUUUCUGGCGCAAUGGGAAAGUGCAGCACUGCCGGAUCCAUUCCCGGCAAGAUGCCGGCAGCCCCAAAUUCUUCCUCACUGAUAACCUGGUAUUCAAUAGCCUCUAUGAUCUCAUUACUCAUUACCAGCAAGUGCCACUCAGAUGCAAUGAAUUUGAAAUGAGGUUGACAGAACCCGUGCCCCAGACAAAUGCACACGAGAGCAAAGAAUGGUACCAUGCUAAUCUCACCCGGAAUUCAGCUGAGCGCAUGCUGAUGAGGGUGCCCCGGGAUGGAGCCUUUUUGGUGCGCAAGAGGAGUGAGUCAAAUUCCUAUGCAAUCUCUUUUCGGGCCGAAGGAAAAAUCAAGCAUUGCCGCGUGCAGCAGGAGGGUCAGACAAUCAUCUUAGGCAAUUCAGAAUUUGACAGCCUGGUGGAUUUAAUCAGCUAUUAUGAAAAACAUCCAUUGUACCGCAAAAUGAAGCUGAGAUAUCCUAUUAAUGAAGAAACACUGGAGAAGAUUGGGACAGCAGAACCAGAUUAUGGUGCCCUAUACGAAGGACGGAAUCCGGGAUUUUAUGUGGAGGCCAACCCUAUGCCAACCUUUAAGUGUGCCGUCAAAGCUUUGUUUGACUACAAAGCACAGCGAGAAGAUGAGCUCACCUUCACAAAAAAUGCAAUCAUCCAAAACGUAGAAAAACAAGAAGGAGGCUGGUGGAGAGGAGAUUAUGGGGGUAAGAAGCAACUGUGGUUUCCCUCUAAUUAUGUAGAAGAAAUAACUAGUCCAACUGGCCUGGAGCCUGAGAGAGAGCAACAGCUAGAUGAAAACAGCCCUUUGGGAGAUCUACUCAGAGGGGUACUGGAUGUACCAUCAUGUCAGAUUGCUAUCCGCCCUGAGGGGAAGAACAACCGUAUGUUUGUGUUCUCCAUUAGUAUGGCAUCUGUCUCACGGUGGUCACUGGAUGUCGCAGCUGACACCCAUGAAGAUCUGUUGGAUUGGGUGAAGAAGAUUCGUGAAGCAGCCCAAACUGCUGAUGCCAGGCUUUCUGAAGGGAAGAUGAUGGAACGGAGGAAAAAAAUAGCUUUGGAGCUUUCAGAGCUUGUUAUCUACUGUCGUCCUGUUCCCUUUGAUGAAGACAAAAUCGGUACAGAAAGAGCCUGCUACAGAGAUAUGUCAUCUUUUCCUGAAACCAAAGCAGAAAAGUAUGUCAACAAGAUCAAAGGGAAGAAAUUUCUGCAAUAUAACCGAUUACAGCUUUCCCGCAUAUACCCCAAAGGACAGCGCCUGGAUUCUUCCAAUUAUGAUCCCCUUCCUAUGUGGAUCUGUGGCAGCCAGUUGGUGGCGCUCAACUUUCAAACACCAGACAAGCCAAUGCAAAUGAAUCAGGCUCUAUUCAUGUCUGGAGGCCAAAGUGGCUUUGCAUUGCAACCAGCCAACAUGCGGGAUGAUAUCUUUGAUCCCUUUGACAAGAAUACUCUGCGUGGAAUAGUACCACUUUCCAUCUCCAUUGAGAUUCUGGGGGCACGGCAUCUUCCCAAAAAUGGAAGGGGAAUUGUUUGCCCAUUUGUAGAGGUUGAGGUAUCUGGAGCAGAUUAUGAUUAUACAAAACAGAAGACUGAGAUGGUGGUGGACAAUGGUCUGAAUCCUGCUUGGACCCCAAAGACUUUUCAGUUCCAUGUCAGUAAUCCUGACUUUGCUUUUCUACGUUUCGUGGUAUAUGAAGAGGAUAUGUUCAGUGACCAGAACUUCUUAGCUCAGGCCACUUUCUUGGUUAAAGGCCUAAAAGCAGGAUACCGGGCUGUGCCUUUGAAGAACAACUAUACUGAGGAUUUGGAAUUGGCCUCCUUGCUUGUUAAGAUAGAUAUAAUUCCUCUCAUGGAAAAUGGUGAAAUGAACCCCUUUGCGGCAUCACCUUUCCGAGAUAGAUCAGCUGAUUCCCCAAAUCAGCUCUUGGCAGGUAGAGCCAGAGAAGGUUCCUUGGAAGCACGAUAUCAGCAACCAUUUGAAGAUUUCAGGACGUCACAGGAGCAGCUAUCAGAGCAUUUUGACAAUCGAGAUAGAAGGUUCCUGCGAAAGACGCGGGUGAAUGGGGAUAACCGCCUCUAGCUCCAGUUCGCCUGCUGGAAAGCACUCCUCCAGUGCUUGUGAUUCUCACGGAUUGCUGUGAACUGGUUUCUAUGGAAACGUCACAUGCUUUGGCCUACUUUCAGGCAGCUUUUCCAGUUUCUGUUCUGAAGGAUGUUCAAGUGGAUAACUUUUUUUUAGAGAAAAAAAAAAAAACAUCAAACCACACAUCAAUCACUUUAUUGUUGAGGAGAAAAAAAGACCUUCAGAACCAAAACAGAGGGAAAAAGUACUGAAUGUGUGUAUCUUGUCAGUAGCUCAGGCUCAACACAAAAUCCAAUCAGCAGUUUCCUUUUUCUGUGUCACUGAAGUUCCAGAGAGGAUAAUACCUCAGAGCUGCCAACAAAGCAGCUUUCCUUUACUCGGCUGAGAGGAGCUGAUUUUUUAAAAAUUAUUAUUAAUUUUAUUAAACUUCUUAAUCAUGAUGGUGCACAGAAAAAGAUAUUUCCAUUUCAAGAGAAAGUACAAUUAUUCUCGUGGUAUUAGAGCACAAGCCCAAUAGGGCAUACUAGGCCCAGUCUUUGGGGCCAUGUCAAGCUAUGCAAGGUUUUAAAUCUGUCAGUAUUGAACAGAGCUGCCAAGUUUCUCACUUUGGCAGAUCUUGGGUUUCAUUAGCUGGGGUUUAAGUGCAGAAGACCAACAGCAAAGCUGUCAAAUAGCCUCCUUUUUAUGUGACCUCUUAAUGACUAGUGUGAAGCAGAAAUGGGCAACCCUGUAGAGAAUGGGUGACUUGAAAUUUUGAGAGGCAACUUUGAAGAGGUAGGAACAGACGGAGUACAUGAGCCAAAGCCAGCUCUGCAAGAGGUAGAGCUUUUGCCACUAACAUACUUCUUUGCUGUAACUGCUUCUAUAAUGCAGAGUUUCAGCCACUAGUGCUGGAGCAGAAUAGUAGUCUGGGACCAUGUGCCCUGCUGCAAUAGUUCUCAUGACCAGUAUUUCUGAAGAGAGGCCCUACGGAUCUUUGCAGAGUUAACAAGCUAAGGAAGCAUUUUUAGCUUCUCUGAGUUUUCACCAUUGCACCUCUUAUUUUGGGGGAGAUGAUUUUUUUUUUCAUAGGACCAAGCCACCUCCUCUUUUUAAAGGAAGCUUUUCUCCAUGUUAUUUAGGUCAGGCCAUCUGAAGGCAGUUGUCAUUGUCAUGAUGUGCAAAUUGUCCAGCGUGUCAUACCAUGUUUGUUGCUACAGAAACAGUGAAAAUUACGUGCUGCUGUCUUUUGCCUACUAGCAAGGUGACAAAACCCCAAGAAUAGUACUCAGUGUUUUUAUUUUACUCUGCUGGAUAAAGGGAGAGUAGAUAUAUCACAGUCUCCAAAGGCAAGAUUCAUCAUACACGGUCGUGUGAACAAUUGUUUGACUUUCUGAAGAGGAGCUUAGAUCCUCUUAACUUCACCAGAUGUAUGGAUAGAAAUCUACCGUUUGUUGGGAUGAAUCAGGCUGCACAAUAAAAGUUCUGAAUUAAUAUACUGAAAUCCAACCGUGUAUUUUGUAAGAAGAGGAAAACAGAUUGGGAUUCAAAUUAAGCCAUGUGUGUUGUAGCACUGCUUGAAACCACAAAGGGUUCAAGGUAGAAAAUCAGGUUAAAAAUUGAUCAGUGAAGGUAUUCUAGGCUCUUAUAAAUUUUGUCCUGAGGCAGCUUGCUUAAAAAUAUGCACAAUCAUAACAAAUGUGUCAUUGAGUUAACUUUUGAUAGUAGGCAUACACACUGGCAGAAUAAUGUCAAGAAACCAGGUAACUUCAAAAGCAUAAAUUGACUGCCUUUAGAUUGACAGUUGGGUUUUAAGCUAAUGAUGUUUUAGCUCUUCCCAGGCCAGGAAAUGUAUGUCAUUUAUUGAAUGCACAGGUCUCUCCCAUUCAUUGUGCUGACUACACAGUGUUUAUUUCUACCAAGUUAAAUACAAGAGGAAUUAGUUGAAAAGCAUGGGGGUGGAGUACUAGAUUUACUUGUUACUGAGUCUGAAUUUAAAGUAUGUGCACAAAGUGUCUUGCUAAGCAAAGCUGCCACUAAUAAGGAGACAGGAAUGCUAUAUGCCCAUAUAAUUUACUUGUGUUCAUUUUGUACUCGUAGUCCUAUUCAUUCUGAAGGCCAGACUCUGGAUGACUGUCAUUAUCCUGCUGCUCUCCUUUCCUAUAGAAAGCUGAGGCUUAAGACAUUUUCAGCUUGGGCUACUAUACCUGGCUGAAAGUUUGUCUUUCCUGUGUUUGGCACAGAAUCCCAAACAAAUAGAUAAUAUAAAAGCACAUUUUGGUUGAUACACUCUUUUAAAAUUUCUUUCUUUUGUAAAAAAAGAAAUUCAUAAUAUACUUGAAAUAACCUUUUAGAAAGUGUAACUUUCUAAGUGAUUUAAGUGUAACAAAAAACCUACAAUGCUGGAAUAUGUCUCUACUUUAAAUGAGCAAUUUCUACCCAUUGUACCUAAAGCAUGUUCUAAUUAUUGUUUUUGUCUAGCACUAUGUUAAACAGUUGAUCAGAUGAUCAACUUCAAUUUGAUGAUUGAAGUGCCCUUUUCUUUUUCUUUGUUUCUAUCUAGAUUAUCAUCUCUGUCACUUUGUUCUUUUUUAUUUUGUUGUGUUUCCUGUUUUCAAUCAUUUAUAAACUGUCCAGAGUUGUUGGGCGUUAGGUGGUAUAUAAAUGUAAAUUAUUGUUGGUCACAUAGCCAGUUUACACUGGAUUUGGCAUUUUUAUCUGCCUACUGAAUCUUUCCCAAGAACUAGGAUAGACAUUUGUGGUUGUUAUUUUCCAAAAAUGCUUUCAUGAAUUACAAUAAUAAACGUAGGCUAACACGAGCUAAAGAAUUGGGAGCUUUCACAUUGUUGUACAUAUAAUAAUUGACAAGAUAUUUUUGGAAAUUAAGAGAAGGAAGACCAACUUGAAUGUAGUUUGUACUGAUUUCAAAAAGGCAUUUGACUCCCUACCACAUAACUGGAUAAUCAAACUAAAAGACAUCAUUAGAAACAUCAGAAGCUUUGUGCAAAAAGUAAUGGCACAAUAGAAGACACAGAGGCUAGUCAUUGGUGAUAGACUGGGAGAGAUUAACAUCAAGAAGGGAAUAUUUCAAGCAGACUCAGUAGAGUUGACAAGGAACCGUAGGUGGAUGUGGAAUAUUGCAAGUACACCAGACAGCUGAAAAAUAUUUGAA